AUGGCGCUUGUGGAGGAGAGGUCCUCUUCCUCCGAUGGAAAAGUCUGGGGACUGUUCGAGCUCCCUUUCCGGAAUUCGCAUCACACGACGUCGUCGCCAGCUAAUUAUCCGCAGAAUUACGGUCACGACGUCGUUGUAUUCAAGUUUGUCGAGCCUCCAGAGAACAAUGAGAAGCCGAUGGAUCAGAAAAGCACAGCGAAGUUCAAAAUCAUGAGCCUAAAAGUGAAAGGGCAAACUGACUACGUACAUGAAAUGUUCGAUGAGCUAAAGGAAGAAGUGGCCGUGGAGCAGAGACUUAAGGUUGUUUGUGUAGAUGCAGAGCGUCCUAGCCCUGCGCUAGACAAAUUAACUGAAGCUGAGGCUCGCAAGAAGCCUUCAGAAGACACGGCGCCAAAGUUUAUAGGAGAAGGACUUGUGGUCGAUGAUGUUCUAUAUCAUUUCAUUUUGCAGAAAGAACGAAGAGAGAGAUACUUGGCCCGUCGACAAGACCGGAGUUUCUUUUCGAUAGAUUUGUUUAAAAUCAGGGACAUGUGA